AUGACGACUGGCAUGGGUACGAUGCGGAUAGGCGAGGAUAGUAUUCGAGUAAUGGGUGAAGCACAGUUCGAUCGGCCUGUGCACUUCACUGAAUUAUCCACGGCUGACAACGAAGCCCUAACAAUCGACUCGUCUCGCGGUGUCUUCAUAAAAGCCAGGAAUAUGUCUGGCUAUCAGACAGCAAUGAUCAAUAUGUUUCAAGACGGGCGCACCGAAGCAGUCUGUGAUCGUUUUGAGAUCUAUGAUAACGCUCGCAAGCUGCUUUUUUUCGCCGAAUCAAAUGAAAUUGGCCUAAAGCUGGAAAAUCUCAGGAUACUCGGCAUGUUUUUCAAACAUUUCAACGUUUUAUUACUUUUGUCGGUGCUGGAUCGAAAUAGCAGCAGCAAUUCACUUAGUAUUUACGACAACCUCAGAAGUUUGGCACUUCUUAACAUUACAUAUAUA